CCUCAUUGGUGCACAGGACUGGGAGCUUGGGAGUACUGGGGAGGCAGAACUCUGUCCGAGAGCAAUGCGAACCUCGGAUUCCGGAGGUGCACCAGUGAUUCGACUAGCUGGGAAAGCGGAACUAAUUGUUCCAGCCAUCUCUUUUUGGGAGUGACGAGUCGGACUGUUAUGCUGUUACCUCCCCGAGGCAGGCACUUAGGCGGGCAUGUGCAGGAAGUGGGCGGGGCUCCUGGAAAGGCCAUGUUCGGGGCCGGAAGUGGGUUGGAGGUGUGGCGGAAAUGGUUGGGGAUAGAAGAGAGCGGGAGGGGGCGGUUCCCGUUCCACCUCGGAGCCGGAUGUUUGCCGAGCUUUGACAGGCGUGGCAGAGGGAGCAGUUCCCGAGCGCGGUUUCUCUUAAGGUUCUGCAGGGCAAGGCUGUCGGGGACAGGCUUGGCCAUGGAUCCACUCUCAGAGCUGCAGGAUGAUCUGACCUUGGAUGACACCAGCGAGGCUCUGAACCAGCUGAAGCUGGCCUCCAUCGAUGAGAAGAACUGGCCCUCGGAUGAAAUGCCUGACUUCCCCAAGUCAGAUGACUCCAAAAGCAGCUCCCCAGAACCUGUCACACACCUGAAGUGGGAUGACCCAUACUAUGACAUCGCCCGGCACCAGAUCGUAGAGGUGGCAGGAGAUGACAAGUAUGGGCGGAAGAUCAUUGUGUUUAGUGCCUGCCGAAUGCCUCCCAGCCACCAGCUCGACCACAGCAAGCUCCUGGGGUACCUGAAGCACACCCUGGACCAGUACGUGGAGAACGACUACACGCUGCUGUAUCUGCACCAUGGCCUGACCAGCGACAACAAGCCCUCCCUCAGCUGGCUCCGCGAUGCCUACCGGGAGUUUGACCGCAAGUACAAGAAGAACAUCAAGGCCUUGUACAUCGUGCAUCCGACCAUGUUCAUCAAAACCCUGCUCAUCCUCUUCAAGCCCCUCAUCAGCUUCAAGUUCGGGCAGAAGAUCUUCUAUGUGAAUUACCUGAGCGAGCUGAGCGAGCACGUGAAGCUGGAGCAGCUGGGGAUCCCUCGCCAAGUGCUCAAAUAUGACGACUUCCUCAAAUCCACACAGAAGAGCCCCGCGACAGCCCCCAAGCCCAUGCCCCCACGGCCCCCCCUGCCCAACCAGCAGUUUGGAGUCUCGCUGCAGCACCUCCAGGAGAAGAAUCCAGAGCAGGAGCCCAUUCCCAUCGUGCUCAGGGAGACUGUUGCCUACUUACAGGCCCACGCUCUCACCACCGAGGGCAUCUUCCGGAGGUCGGCCAAUACCCAAGUGGUCCGGGAAGUGCAGCAGAAGUACAACAUGGGGCUGCCUGUGGACUUCGACCAGUACAAUGAGCUGCACCUGCCAGCGGUCAUCCUCAAGACCUUCCUCCGGGAGCUUCCUGAGCCCCUGCUCACCUUUGACCUCUACCCCCAUGUGGUGGGCUUCCUCAGCAUUGAUGAAAGCCAGAGGGUGCCAGAGACGCUGCGGGUCCUCCAGACACUGCCCGAGGAGAACUACCAGGUGCUUCGUUUCCUGACUGCUUUCCUGGUGCAGAUUUCUGCACACAGUGACCAGAACAAGAUGACCAACACUAACCUGGCUGUUGUCUUCGGCCCUAACUUGUUGUGGGCCAAGGAUGCGGCCAUCACCCUCAAGGCCAUUAAUCCCAUCAACACCUUCACCAAGUUCCUUUUGGAUCACCAAGGGGAGCUGUUCCCCAGCCCGGACCCCAGGGGGCUCUGAACCUGGCCCCUGCCCCACCAGCCCCUUCUCUGGUAGCCUGGGUUUGGACUCUUCCUCCUGGCAUCAGGGGCCAUGAAGCCCCCUGGAGAGAGGUGCUGGAGCCGCCCAUCAGGCAUGCUCUCCCCCACCUCUGUCCAGCCUGCCUCACGGCCCUGGCGGCCUCGCUGUUACCAGAAGACGUUUUUCUUCGCCUUACACUUCUCACUGCCUCUUUGGACACCUGGCUUUUGCUGGGCUCUCCAGAGCUGGGCUUGGCUCUUCCAGCUGGAGAAGGACUGAGCCCCAGUAACCCCUUUCCUGCUUUUUCCUGCCUCUGUUUCCCUGGCAACUGUGGAUGAAUCAAAUGACUGGGCUGGUAGCAGGGGCCAGUCCUCCCCUCUUGAUUGCUGGGAAUGAGCAGCUGAGCUCCUUGGUGUGGACACCACCCCAAGCUGAGGUGCCUCCGCAUCUGGUAGGCUGCCCUGCUUUGCAGAAGUCCCACUGCAUGAAGACCUGAGUGCAAGCACCCUUGCUCCUGUACUGCCCUCAGCAGCUCAGUCUGGGAAAUUUCCCCUGCUGAGGAGUGACAGGGCUAGAGCCUGUGUCUGCUUUCUGCCUCCUUCUCUUCCACACAUCCUGGGUCAGCCUUUCCCGAGUGAUACUGCCCCUGGGGUGUCCUAACCCCUUGGUUCUGCAAGGACUGGUAACUUGGAUGACAGGGCUCAGAGUCCCAGCAUCCACUUGAAACCUCCCUCUCCACCUCCCCGCCCCUGAGAGCUACAGUGUGCGGUGGAGUCAGUGACCGGCCAGGUCAGCCUGUCCCCUCCUGGCUUCCUUUCCCACGCGGGCAGAUCAUCAGCCUUCAGGUUCUUGUGGACCUGUCUGUUACGGAGUCACACUGGCCUCUGCCCCAGCCAGAGGUGACUCAGUGCCUCAGGAUCUGUGUGGCUCCUUCCUCCAGCUGGGGGACUCUUAAAGGGGCUGGGGUAGAGGCUAAGAGUGCCCAUAGGAGGGGCAGAGAUUGUGCUGAUAGAUCAGUCCAGAUAGGUGGGUUCUAGCAAUUUCCCCAGGGGAUUAAGGGGCUCUAGGGCCACCUUUUUUUUUUUUUUCUGAGAUGGAGUCUGGCUCUGUCACCAGGCUGGAGUGCAGUGGCACGAUCUUGGCACACCUCCGCCUUCUGUGUUCAAGUGAUUCUCCUGCCUCAGCCUCCUGAGUAGCUGGGACUAUAGGUGCAUGCCACCAUGCCCAGCUAAUUUUUGUAUUUUUAGUAGAGACAGGGUUUCACCAUGUUGGCCAGGAUGGUCUCGAUCUCCUGACCUCAUGAUCCACCCACCUCGGCCUCCCAAAGUGCUGGGAUUCCAAGCAUGAGCCACCGCGCCCGGCCAGCCCUGUUGUCUUUCAAAGAACCUCGACCCCAAUGAUGGCUGAUCUCUCACUCCCACUGUCUCGUAGAAUUACACUCCUUCCUGGGGACCCCUCUUCCUGCAGCCUUGUCCUUGGGGAGUACAGGGAAGUACCUGCAGUGACCCUGCCCCCACAACCUUGGCCAAGGAGGACAAUUCCAGAGCCCGUACUGUGGGGAUCCUCACUGACCAGCCCCGCCCCAUCUGUAAGCCAGGCUGGGCCUGGGCAUAACUUCGCUGGGCUCUCCCAAGACCAUCAGCAGCGCAUCCAGCCCCCUGGGGCCUGGGCUGCUGCUGGUUCUUCAUCAGUCUCUUGGUCUCUAGCCUCGGCCAGGGCUGCUCCGCUCUCCGCCCUCCUUUGUGUAUCAAGUGUCGCUCACAGCCCCAUUCACUGGGGAGCCUUUUGGAUCUAUUUGGUCUUUCUCAUGCCCCCCACCGGUCUGUACCCCAGGGAGGGGGCGCUUGUACUGUGAAUCCAGUGUUCACAUUCACACUUAAUGACUUCCUUCGCACCAAUCAUGUAUUUCACCGUUUGCACUUUUUGUAUUUCAAUAAAAAUGGAGAUGCAAAA